ACCAGUGAGAGAAACUGCGCUGCUCAGAGUGACGUCUAAAAGGUCCUAGUCGCGGAUGGCGCCUGCGCUGCGGAUAUUCAGAACCGCAGUUCGCCUCCUAGGCAGAAUACCCAUUGACUCAGCCGUCAUCUUGUCCUACAUUUAACAACUCUUCUUCACUUCUACUCAUUCCAUUCUUUUGCCUUCUCUGUCGUCCUUCACGUCUGCCGUCUUGCCCUUGCGGCAACUUCGGCCUUCGUUGUCGUCGUCCAUCAUUUGCAAUGUCCAUGUCUCUCAAGCGGAAAGCCCUCGAUGCCGGCAGUGCUCGAUCGUCGAAGCGUUCGACGCCCGCUCCGGGCACUCCUGUGAGCCUCACCAGCGACGAUGACUACGAAGGAUCCGACACACGAUCGCAAGACGAUGCAAGUGACAGCGAGAAAGAACAUAUUCGAAAGGCAAGAGCCAGAUUAGAUUUCAGCGCGUUCCAAGGCUCAGGCUCGAAGCGGAAACAGGCGCCAUCCAUCUUUGGCGAAAAGGACUUUUCAUGGCUCUCAUUGAAAACGGAUCAUGAAAAUCGUCCUUUAUGGAUUGAUCCCGGCGUCUCGACGGGCUCGAAAAAAGGCCCGAAGAUCACGCUCGAGGCCUUCUCUCCUCUGGCUGCUCAAGCUACCGAUCUGCUUACUACCAUUGCAGAACCACAAUCAAGACCGUCAUACCUCCAUGAAUACAGGUUCACGGAGCAUAGUUUGUAUGCGGCUUUGUCGGUAGGUCUACGUGGUGAAGACAUAAUCCGUGCCUUAGAAAAGCUUUCGAAAACUCCUGUGCCAGAGACCGUAAUCGAAUUCAUCAACAGACAUACCAAAACUUAUGGCAAAGUGCGGCUCGUAUUGCGAAAUAACAAGUUCUACGUCGAAUCUGACGAACGGCCCAUUAUCGACAUGCUGCUCAAAGAUCCUGUCAUCGGUCCUUGCAAAUCCGUCGGCACCGACGUACAAGUCGGCAGAAUUCAGACAAAGGCAACAGUCAUCCAGGGCACCAGUAAUGCCAAGGGCGUGAAGCAAGCAGGUGAAAGCAACGUCGAGAUGCCGAGGGACGAUCCGUCGAAAGAGAAUGAAGCCAUGAUCGCCGCUCUCAGAGACGAGGAAGAUGAAGAAGAUACCUACAAGGAAGCACCGAAUUUCGAGAUUGGAGCAAACAAACGUGAUGUGGUAGCGAAGCAAUGUCUGGACAUUGGCUAUCCUGCCAUAUCGGAAUACGACUUUGCUGGUGAUCAUGAAAAUCCCACACUUCCUAUUGAUCUGAGGCCGUCCACGUCGAUUCGUCCCUAUCAAGAAAGGGCUCUUAGCAAGAUGUUCGGAAAUGGUCGAGGCAAGAGCGGUAUCAUUGUCCUGCCUUGUGGUGCUGGUAAAACUCUUGUGGGGAUCACAGCUGGUUGUCACAUCAAGAAGAGCAUUGUCGUGCUGUGCACUAGUGCCAUGUCCAGUUACCAGUGGGCAAACGAGUUCAAGAAGUGGUCCGACAUCAAAGAAGAAGAUAUAGCGGUCUUCUCUGCAAAUGAAAAGAGACGCUUUACUGGAAACGCGGGUGUGCUGGUCACAACCUACUCCAUGAUUACAGCUGGCGGCAAAAGAGCCUACGAUACUCAGCAAAUGAUGGACUGGGUCUAUGGCAAAGAAUGGGGCUUGAUGAUCUUGGACGAGGUGCAUGUGGUACCUGCCAAGAUGUUCAGAAAAGUCGGUGAGAACAUUCGGGCUCAUUGCAAGCUGGGUUUGACGGCUACAUUACUACGAGAGGAUGACAAAAUCACCGAUCUGAACUUCAUUAUCGGACCAAAACUGUACGAGGCCAACUGGAUGGAAUUGGCUGAUCAAGGUCACAUUGCCAAGGUCCAGUGCGCUGAAGUAUGGUGUCCAAUGUCUAUGGAAUUCUACCAAGAAUAUCAGAAAGAGACGACUCGAAAGCAAGCACUCUAUUAUAUCAUGAAUCCGGUCAAAUACCAAGUCUGCCAGUAUCUUAUCGAUUAUCACGAGAAGAGAGGCGACAAAAUCAUCGUCUUCAGUGACAACCUGUUCGCACUGAAGCAUUACGCGAUAUCUAUGAAAAAACCUUUCAUUUAUGGUGACACCAGCAACCAAGAGCGAAUAAGUAUUCUCGAAAACUUCCAGCACAAUGAAAUGAUCAACACCAUCUUUCUGUCGAAGAUUGGUGACACGUCACUUGAUCUUCCCGAGGCAACUUGUCUGAUCCAAAUCUCUUCCCACUACGGUUCACGACGUCAAGAAGCACAACGUCUUGGUCGGAUUUUGCGAGCAAAACGUCGUAACGACGAAGGUUUUAACGCAUUCUUCUACUCGUUGGUGUCCAAGGAUACUACCGAAAUGGCGUACAGUGCAAAGAGACAAGCUUUUCUCGUCGACCAAGGCUAUGCCUUCAAGACAAUUACACAUCUUGCUGGCAUGGCAGAGAUGAAGGACCUUGCGUACAGAACCAGUGCAGAACGCAACGAACUGCUCGCCCUUGUAAUGCUACAGCAAGAAACAGCAGCAGACGUGGAGAAGAUUGACGACAACAUGUGGAGUCAUCUCAGUGCCGGCAAUAAGCCUUCAGCUGCUGCGAAGAAGAGACUGCAAGUCCGAAGACAAGCUGUACUCAUGGCAGAUGCAAGUGGUGGUGGAACCAUGGCACCCAUGUACCGUGAGCAAGAACGGAGGAGCAAGAAGAGUCAGAUUCCUGAAAGUGAAUGGUUCAAGAAGGAGGCCAGACGUAGAGAAUUGGCAGCCAAGAAGCGCAAGAAGGAGCAAAUGGACGCCCAAAGAGCAGGCGAUGCCUAGGAUUUUCCUGCUGGCGAAUUGGCGAGUUUCGACCUCAUCCUGGUACUCUUGUUUGUCAUCAUGCAUCUGGUCGAACUUCUAUAGCAUGCUCAUCGUUACCAAGAAAAGUUGCAAUAUAGAUUGACAUUAUUGG